UCAAUUAGCUUAUCGUCCAUUGUUUCUCCGAUAUGCUUUUGAUUAAUAUUGUUAGGAGUUUCUUUCUCACUUCGAAGUUCAAACCUUUCUGUGCGCAACAAAUAGAAUCCCUCAGCCCCUUGUCUCACGCAUACUCUGUUAAUUAAUUUACAUUCUUUUACGCAACAAAACCAACCCAACAAAAAUAAAACACAUACAGAGACCACCUUAAACCGGGAAAAAAAAAAAAAAAACUAUUUAUCCACAAUUCCCGCCGGGAAACCGCUCUUGCAGCCUUGUCUCUCCAUACCCACAUCUCCAAAACCAGUUUUCCGACUCCCAGAAUCCUGUUUUUUUUGCCACAAUAACUUUACGUUCUACUUUUGCCGGUUUUUUCGGUUGCCGGAGAGGGUGGUGGCUGUUUUAUUUUUUUACGAGGGCGGCGUUUGCUAACGUGAGCCGGUUGCGCAGGAUAUUAUUAAAAAAGGAAAAUCGUGGCGGUGGUUGUUUUGAUCAGGGGGCGUAUACGUGGACGGUGAUGGGGACGGAGGUGACGGGGAGAUGGGGCACUUGGGAGGAGCUCCUCCUCGGUGGGGCCGUUCUCCGCCACGGGACCCGAGACUGGAAAGUCGUCGCCGCCGAGCUCCGAGCCCGAACCGUUUGUCCGUACACUUUCACCCCCGAGGUCUGUAAAGCCAAGUAUGAAGACUUGCAACAGCGGUAUUCUGGGACCAUGGCUUGGUUUGAGGAGCUUAGGAAGAAAAGAGUAGCAGAGCUGAAGAGAGCUCUAGAGCUAUCUGAAGAUUCUAUUGGGUCUCUUGAAUCAAAGCUUGAAUUCCUCAAGGCUGGGAAGAAUGAGGAAAAAGAUGAUUGUCAUGUUGACAAUGGUUCAGGUAGUCCAGAAUUACCUGUACCUUCACAGAAAUUGGAGAGAGUUGAAUCUUCCACUAAAGAUACCUCAAAGGAUGGGCUAUCUGCUGGGAGUUUCACACAUGAAACCAGGACAAACUGGUCUCCUGAAUGCCAUGUUGCAGCUGUGUCUGCUGAAGAUAUGGAGACUAAGCCUGAAGUUUCACCCUCUACUGAACAGGUCAAAGUUUUGAAUGUAGAUAAGUUGGCACAUACUAUAUAUGAAGGGCAAGGAGGAACUUUAAAAAAACGGAGAGGGAAAAGGAAGAGGAAGGGUUGUGGCAUAAAUAUUAAGGAAGCAAGUGUGGGAGAAAGUGACUUACUGGAUUCAGCUGAUGUUGUAUCAUGGUGUAAAGAAAGUUCUACUAGCAACUGCGGUGAAGUUGCCAAAUCUUCUGGUCUAGAUGAUCAAAAUAGGAACUUGAAAAAGGAUGAGACUGAAAAUAUGAUGGAGAUUUUAGAUUCUAUUUUCGAAACUAAAGGUGCCUCAGCCUUCCGUCGCAGACUUGAUAGUCAGAAGAGAGGAAGGUACAAGAAAAUGAUCCGGCGGCACAUGGACUUUGACACAAUAAGAUCAAGAAUUAGCAACCAAACAAUCAAGUCAGUCAAAGAACUUUUCCGAGACUUGCUGCUACUAACUAACAAUUCUUUAGUCUUCUACUCCAAGAGCACUCGUGAAUAUAAGUCUGCUCUAAUGCUAAGAGACAUUGUAACCAAAAAAUUGAGGGAGAGUUUGAAGGGUAUUAGCAGCAAAGCCACCGAGGCUAAUGUGUGUAUUAAAUUACCUUUGCAAAACCAUCAUGUGAAACCAAGAAGUGUACGACCAGGUAACAGAAAAAUUGUUGCAAAAGCAGUUGGUGGCAGCAACUCUGCAUCUGGGGUGUCACUGUCACAUGGAGCUAAGAAACCAAGUAAAGUUGAUUCCCCAUCCUCAGUGGAAUGCUUACCUGUCAAGAAGAAAGCUUUUGGUAGACCAAAAAAGGUUGGACGUGGGACACCAGGUCAAAGGCCUGCAACACCUAUCAAAGGAAAGAAAAGGGUUAGAACAAAGUCAUAGUGCCUUAACCAAUAUUUGUACAAAGAUUUUUCCUUUUUGGUUAGAUUUCUUUUCUUUUCUUGCCUUAAGGAAAGGACGUAGAUAAAAAAAUGCAAUGUAACAUUGCGAUUAAUCUACCCUUACUUGUACCCUUCCCAAGUGAGAGGGCCUUUGUACUAUUUAAAGAGUUAGGUUGGUGCAACAAACAAAAGGAACUCUGAUAAGCUGCACGAGGGAACUGACUAGAAUUCUAGAAAUAUAUGAAAUAGUUCUAAACAAUAGUAACUAAUGUGGAGAAGUCCACAAUCAAAGUAGUCACCACUUGCAUCUUUUUUGUCAGCAUAAUUGUAAGUACGAAUUUUGUUUGUAUCAAAAGUGAAGUGUUGCUACUUUAGAUGGAUGGGAAGUGAUUAGUGAGAAUAUUAA